CACGGAAAUGCUCAUUGAAAACGAAAACGAACAUGCACUUCUGCUUAAUAAGAAAGCCUGUCUUUGUACUAAAAUAAUUAAAAAGCUGUGUAGUCCUAGGAAGCAACUGAUACGUAACCCAUCGUUACAUAUAAGGUGUGCAUUUGAGCUGAGGAGUACAAAUCUAAACCUGCAUAGAUGCAUCUCUUGAAUUGAAUUUUGAACUAUGAAGCUGGAACAGAGAAUAGGAAGGAGCUCAGAGGGCCCCAAAAUUAGCAGGCUCUUGGAUGACAUUGGACUCAAUCACCUGGAUCAUCCUCACCGCAAGCACAAUGUAUGCAUGGUGUCUGAUUUCUUUUACCCCAAUAUGGGAGGAGUUGAAAGCCACAUUUAUCAACUAUCACAAUGCUUAAUUGAAAAAGGACACAAGGUUAUAAUUGUGACUCAUGCUUACAGGAACAGAAAAGGUGUGAGGUACCUCACUAAUGGACUGAAGGUUUACUAUUUACCUCUGCAGGUAAUGUACAAUCAGUCCACAGCAACAACAUGUUUCCACAGUCUGCCUCUGCUCAGGUGCAUCUUUGUACGAGAAAGGAUCACGAUUGUCCAUUCCCACAGUUCAUUUUCAGCCAUGGCUCAUGAUUCUUUGUUUCACGCCAAGACAAUGGGACUGCACACAGUUUUCACAGACCACUCCCUUUUUGGCUUUGCAGACGUGAGCUCGGUGCUGACCAAUAAGCUGCUCACUGUGUCGCUCUGUGACACAAACCACAUCAUCUGUGUGUCAUUCACAAGCAAAGAGAACACUGUCCUAAGAGCUGCACUGGAUCCUGAGAUAGUGUCUGUAAUUCCAAAUGCUGUUGAUCCCACUGACUUCACUCCAGAUCCAUCCCAGAGGGAUGACACCAAGAUUACCAUUGUGGUAGUAAGCCGGCUUGUUUAUAGGAAGGGGAUUGAUUUGCUUGGUGGCAUAAUUCCAGAGCUGUGCCUGAAACAUCCAGAUUUGUAUUUCCUCAUUGGUGGUGAGGGACCUAAAAGAAUUGUCCUAGAAGAAGUCAGAGAAAAGUACCAGCUUCAUGAUAGGGUUCGUCUGUUAGGAGCCUUGGAGCACAGGGAUGUUAGAAAGGUUUUGAUUCAGGGUCAUAUUUUUCUAAACACAUCUCUAACAGAGGCCUUCUGCAUGGCCAUUGUAGAGGGUGCCAGCUGUGGUCUGCAGGUUGUUAGCACAAGAGUGGGAGGAAUCCCGGAGGUGCUGCCUGAAGACCUGAUUACGCUAUGUGAGCCCACUGUGAAAUCAUUAUGUGACGGCUUGGAGAUGGUCAUCGCUAAGCAGAGGGCAGGGAAUGUGCCACCACCUGCUGCCAUUCACAACCGGGUUCGGACUCUCUACACUUGGAGGAACGUUGCAGAGCGGACUGAAAAGGUUUACGAUAGAGUGGCCAAAGAAGUGGUCUUGCCUUUGGACAAGCGUCUCCAGAGACUCAUGGCCCACUGCGGUCCAGUAGCAGGUUCAAUUUUUGCGUUUGUUGCUGUGCUGGACUUCCUGCUCCUCCUGUUUUUAAGUUGGCUUGUCCCAGAUUAUGUUAUAGACAUUGCAGUUGAUGCUUCUGGUCCCCAUGGAAUUUGGAAAAACAAGCACAGCAGAAAAGGAGAAGACUGAGACAAAAAUAACAGAAGGGCUCCUCAGCAGAAAGCAGCAGCAACUGAAUUCAUACUUAUAAAAAAUAUUAAAAGGCCAUAUUUGUCUGAUGCAAUUCUCAUAUUAGUUUACAAGUUUAAAUUUUAUUGGCAGUGCUAAUGGUUUCAUCUUACACGAUUUGUUUCUGUUUCUGCCUUUGAUUUGUUUCCUCAGGUAUUUUGUCUGGGUUUUUCUAUAGAUUUUAAAAUUUUGUCUGACACUUCUUUUACAGGGGCCUUUUGCAUUUUUCAUUGUUUAUUUAUAUCGAUCAUGCUUGAUCAUUGCCAUGUCAAGCAUAGAGUUAAGUACUGCAAAUUCCAGAGAAGCACAUUUUUGUGAAUAAGCCAUUUUUCUGUUGGUGGACACUGUCUUGUCAGUUAUGUGAUUUCACAACUUAGGACUGCUGUUCGUCUCUGCUUGGUUUUUAAUGCGGUACUCUAGAGCUCCAAACAUAACAUCAAAAGCUACUAGCCUAAUGUGUAAUAAAACCAUUAAAGUGAGUGGCAAUGAGUUACAUGAAGUUGAAGCAAUUGUCCAGUGUACUACAAGUGAGGAGUGUAUACAGGUGAAACCUUUCUGCUCACUCUCCUGUUCUUUUAUUAAACUUUUGUCUUCCACAAAGUGUGUGCAGAGAUGAGUGUUUUAGAAUAGGAUGAUUUCUUUGAACAGUCUCUGGAGGAGCAUAACACAAGCUCAAUAUGCACAUCUUCAUGAGAAAAUGUGUUGAGCUCAACAUUUCCACCAGAAGGAGACUUGCAGCAAGUUCAUAAUUCAAUGAGUUGUGUAAGCUGCGGAUGGGAACUGGGGUCUCGGUCAAUUGACAUACUUACAAAAUUUGUCAAAUGGCUUUUAGCACUGGUAUUAUACAGUUGUGUGUUAUUGUUGCAUAGAUAGGGAGAGUUGAGACUUUCAAACUAGUAAUGCUUCAUGUAUUAACAUAAAACUUUUACUUUUACAUACUUUUCUUAGUGCUACAGAUAAUUAUAAACACAUUUAACAAUUGUUAACCAUUCCAUAAUGAUUAUACUAUGAGUAUAAUUUAUGAUGUAAAAAUGCUAACUAAGGGCUAACAACAUCUUGUACGGUAGCUUAUUUCUGUAUGUGAAAAUUACUUAAAUGCAUUUUACACCCACAAAAAUAUGACAAUAUGCAACAAUGAACAGUUAAGUUUUUGUCAUUCUCUUUUCCCUAUAAAAAACUUAAUUUUCGUGACUGAGAGUAAAAACGAAUUGUGAAGAAGAAUUUCACUUCGUGAUAUCUGAAAUGUAUUUUGAUUCAUGUAAACCUGCCAGUAUAAAGCAAGUUAGAAUUCUCA